AUGAUUUUAGAACUAAGUUAUUCUGAUGGAAAUUUUACAUGCAAGGAAUUACGAGAUAAUCGACAUUAUCGGUCUCCUGGAUCGCGCAAGUUGACAGAUAUAAUUGGUGUAAACACAGGUGGGCCAGGAAGUCGACGACUUGGGGAAAUUGGUCACACACCUGAAGAAUACGCGAAAUUCAAGGAUCUUGUGGAACGAAUGUUAACAUUUGAUCCAAGGGAACGUAUUGAGCCGUUAGCCGCAGUGAAACAUCCUUUUUUUUCACGCAAAGCCGAUGAUUCUGGUCAUAUGGGUUCUAAUUCUGUAUCUCAUUCAAGAAUUUUACAAGCAAUUGCAGUGUCGAAUAAUGUUCAACCCACUUCACGUGCUACAAUAGUAGCUUUCACCAAUAGUUAUCAUAAAUGCCACUAUUGCAAGGAACAUUUAUUGUCGACAUUUGUACCUCAUCGAUGUCAUAUAUUGAUAGAUUGUUGGACUGGUCUGGCGGUAACAUUUACUUCGGAGGCUUCAUUUUUUUCGUCUCAGUUGUCAUUUCGUUGGAAACUACCGGAAACAGUCAAACCCUUUGAAGAAGAAUUAGACGCAUUAUACCUCAAGGCCCGGAAUAUUUACUUACGAUUAGAGUUGAAGCGAAAACUUGCUUUUUUAUUUCCUGCCAUGAAUCAUCGAGAAAUAUGCAUAUUUGGAUCAUUGCUAAGCAGAUCUGUGCUCACCACAGGUCAUGCCAAUUUGCAUGCUCCAAUCUCGACACCGAUGCUGCCGAUACAUUAUGCCAACUACUCUACACGAUUCGGUUGUAGGAGUCGGCUAUCUGACCAAUAUAAUCAUUUGGGCGGACAUACGCAACAAAGUCCACCCAUAAAACAAAGUAUUGUCCUGAAGGUUGAGGUAUGAAU